CGUCUCGCCUUCAAGAGACAAUUCCUCCCACAAAAGUGACAACUCGAAUCCGCAGCUUCGCAACCCACAUCUACGACAACGACGCACUGAUAACACAGCGCGCCGGCUGUGAUCCGCGAACAUGGACGUCAAUUCCGUGCUCCUUAACACCUUCUCUCCAGAUGCCGCCAUUCGUGGUAACGCGGAACAACAGCUCACACAAGCUGCGGAGACCAACUUUUCGACGUACCUCACCACACUUGUCAACGCCCUCGCAGACGAACAAGCCCAAGGACCCGUACGAGCAGCUGCCGGUAUUGCGCUGAAGAACGCCUUUACCGCACGCGAAUAUUCCCGGUUACACGAGCUACAACAAAAGUGGCUCCAACAGGACGAUGGCACUAAGAAACACGUCAAGGAUGGUGCUCUGCAGGCUCUUGCGUCCGGAACUUCACAGGCUGGUCAAGCAGCAGCUCAGGUCGUUGCAUCGAUAGCUGCUAUUGAACUUCCUCGAGAGCAAUGGCCAGAGCUUAUGCCAACUUUGGUCCGAAAUGUUGGCGAGGGUGUCGAUCAUCUGAAGCAAGCUUCUUUGACUGCAAUCGGGUUUAUCUGCGAGAGUCAAGAUGCGGAACUGCGACAAAGCUUGGUCCAGCACUCUAAUGCUAUCUUGACGGCCGUUGUGCAAGGAGCCCGUAAGGAGGAGCCAAAUCCUGAGGUCCGUCUUGCAGCUAUCUACGCACUGGGAGAUUCACUGGAGUUUGUGGAUAGCAACUUCAAGAAUGAAGGAGAGCGGAAUUAUAUCAUGCAGGUUAUCUGCGAGGCUACGCAGGCACCAGACUCCCGGAUACAACAGGGUGCUUUUGGUUGCUUGAAUAGAAUUAUGGCUUUGUACUAUGACUUGAUGCGCUUCUACAUGGAGAAGGCUCUGUUUGGUCUCACUAUCAUGGGCAUGAAGAGCGACGAGGAGGACGUAGCUAAGCUUGCUGUGGAAUUCUGGAGCACAGUCUGCGAGGAGGAAAUUGCCAUUGAAGAUGAUAAUGCUCAGCUUGAAAAUGUUGAACAGAUGCGAGAAAUCUUCCACUUCUCAUCUGUUGCUACCAAUGAAGUUGUUCCAGUUCUGUUGAUGCUUUUGACCAAGCAGGAUGAGGAUGCAGCUGAUGACGAGUACAACAUUUCCCGAGCUGCAUAUCAAUGUCUACAACUCUAUGCUCAAGCUGUUGGAGGAGCUGUUAUUCAACCGGUUCUGCAGUUCGUCGAAACCAACCUUCGUCAUGAAGAUUGGCACAACAGAGAUGCUGCUGUAUCAGCUUUCGGUGCUAUCAUGGAAGGACCAGAAGAAAAGGUUAUUACACCAAUUGUCAAGCAGGCACUGCCAGUCAUUAUCAAGAUGAUGGAAGAUCCUAGUGUGCACGUCAAGGAUUCCACAGCUUAUGCUCUUGGCCGUAUUACUGAGGCAUGCUCAGAAGCUAUUGACCCAAUUAUGCAUCUGCCACUCCUGAUCAAAUCACUCUUUGAUGGCCUUGUCAGUAGUCCAAAGAUGGCAGGAUCUUGCUGCUGGGCCCUGAUGAACCUUGCUGAACGUUUCUCGGGUGAGAUCGGUUGUCAACAAAACCCGCUUACACCUCACUUCAACGAGAGUAUCACGCAUCUUCUUCAAGUUACCGAGAGAAGCGAUGCUGAUAACCAAUUGCGCACCGCCGCUUACGAAGUGCUUAAUACAUUCGUCCAAAAUGCUGCCAAUGAGAGCUUGCCUGCUGUUGCAUCCUUGUCCGAGAUCAUCAUCAAGCGUCUGGAAGAUACCGUACCUCUUCAAAGCCAAGUUGUCAGUGUCGAGGACAGAAUUACUUUGGAGGAGAUGCAGACGAGCUUGUGCACGGUCCUCUUGGCCAUCAUCCAACGUCUUGAGAAGGAAAUCAACCCUCAAGCCGAUCGCAUCAUGACCGUCUUGCUCCAAAUCCUCUCAAGUGCUGGUGCCAAGUCGAGUGUACCAGAUGCAGUCUUCGCAGCUGUCAGCGGCCUUGCCAAUGCUUUGGAAGAAGGCUUUGCGAACUACAUGGAAGCUUUCUCGCCCUUCCUUUACAAUGCUCUCGGCAACCAGGAGGAGCCAGCUUUGUGCUCAAUGGCAAUUGGUCUGGUCAGCGACAUCACCCGAUCAAUGGGUCCUCCUUGCCAGCCAUACUGUGACACAUUUAUGAAUUAUCUACUGAACAAUCUCAGGAGUACGGCUCUUGCCAACCAAUUCAAGCCUGCUAUCCUCCAGUGCUUCGGAGAUAUCGCCAGCGCUAUCGGUGGUCAUUUCGAGACCUACCUCUCAGUUGUCGCUCAAGUCCUUCAACAAGCUGCUGGUGUUCAAGCUAGUCCUGAUGGAUCGUAUGAGAUGUUUGACUAUGUCAUCUCUCUGCGUGAAGGUAUCAUGGAUGCUUGGGGUGGUAUUAUCGGUGCCAUGAAGGCUGGCGGGAAGACUGAGCUUCUUCAACAAUACGUCGAGUCGAUCUUCUCCCUCCUGAACAUUGUUUGGUUGGAUCAAAACAGAAGCGACGCUCUCAUGCGCGCAUCUAUGGGUGUCAUUGGUGAUCUCGCUGAGGCGUUCCCUGGUGGCCAGUUUUCGACGUAUUAUCGCCAAGACUGGCUCUCUGCCAUGAUCAAGGAUACUCGUCAAAACCGUGAUUUCCAAGCCAGAACCAUCGAUACAGCUCGCUGGGCUCGUGAACAAGUCAAGCGCCAGAUUGGUGGUAACCAAGGCAUCAUGCAAUCAACCUGAUCUGCUUGUCCCUUGACAGGAAUCGAGACGCCCAAGUUUAGUUCUUUUAAUGUCCUAGCGCGGCGUACAUUUAGAGCUUUAGCGGGCAUCUCGGGUCCACCUUCGAACCAGGCUCCAUCCACCACUUCUUCCCCAUUUCGAUUUCUUCUUUUGUUCAACCCACGGCGCGUAAGAGGGGUCUUGUCCUCGACCGUCGAGCACCGGCGUUCUUUGUUGUAUCUCACUUACCACCACCGAA